AUGGUUAAGGAUACUGAGUAUUAUGAUAUCCUGGGGGUUAGUCCCUGUGCUUCCGAGGUCGAAAUUCGAAAGGCCUAUUACCACAAGGCAAUGCAAGUUCAUCCGGAUAAGAACCCAAACGAUCCUCAGGCUGCUCAAAAGUUUCAGGUUUUGGGCGAGGCUUACCAAAUUUUAAGCGAUCCAGUGCAAAGGAACGCAUACAAUCAAAAUGGAAAACAUUCCGUGUCUAGGGAAGCAAUGCUUGAUCCAAUGGCCGUCUUUGCCCUGCUUUUUGGAAGUGAAUUAUUUGAGGAUUACGUGGGGCAUCUAAGUGCAGCAUCAAUGACUUCAUCUGAAACGGCCGAUGAAAGUGAAUAUCCGGAUAAAAUACAAGAAAAGUUGAAGGCUGUCCAAAGAGAAAGGGAAGAAAAACUAGCAAGUUUUUUAAAAGACUUCCUUGAUCAAUAUGUCCAUGGUGAUGAAAAGGGGUUCUUGCAGCGAGCAGAAUCCGAAGCCAAACGACUUUCUAAAGCAGAUUUUGGACUUGAUAUGUUACGCACCAUCGGCUAUAUUUAUUCAAGACAAGCGGCGCUAGAAUUAGGCAAAAAAGCCAUUUAUCUUGGAGUGCCUUUUUUGGCUGAAUGGGUUCGACAUAAAGGACAUUUCUGGAAAUCACAAUUCACUGCUGCUAAAGGUGCAUUUCAGCUGCUGCAGCUUCAAGAAGACAUACACAAGCAAUUUAAAAUCGAUGGUAGGGGCCCUGAAAAUGAUUUUGAAUCUCAUAUUCGCCUUAAUAAGGACACACUAAUGAAUUCUCUGUGGAAGUUGAAUGUAGUAGACAUAGAAGUGACCCUGGCACAUGUCUGUCAAAUGGUCCUGAGGGAAAACAACGUUAAGAAAGAAGAACUUAAAGCCCGUGCUACCGCUCUCAAGAUUCUUGGAAAGUUAUUUCAGGAAAGGAACUCAAAAGGAGGAGAAGCAUCGAAGAAGAAAAAUGCGGCAGAUUCUGAGGAUGAAGGAAGCAGUUCAGAUUCUUCAGAGGAUGAUGAAUCACCGAGAGCAGUUUCCUAUCGCACGCCCUUUCUCACUCAGGGUAUAGGUAGGCUGUUCAAAUGCCUGUGUAAUCCGGCAUUUGAUGUGGACGACGAGGAGAUAGUUUACAGAAGCAAAUGAUAUGCAGAUGAAUGAUUGAAGCGUCAACACGGCUCUCGCUUGUGGUUGUGGGAUGGUAAGUCCAUAAUACUGGAAGGAUAGGCCUCCUGUUCCCUGUUAAAAAGUAGCCUGGGAAGACGAUGUAUUGGUGCGAACCAUGAAUAACCAUGUUUUGUGCUACUUGAUUUCAUAACAACGCACCACCUUCCACCAACAACUGUUUGUCACUCAAAGUUCUCAUUGUUUGCCCUCCUUUCCUUUUCUU